ACAGAUUUGGGGGGGAAGCUGACAAGUUCAGUUCAGAACAUACUAUGUUUGUGUUACCUGUGAAAAACCCAAGUGGAUUUUUUAAGUGGACAAUGGAUUAGACUGGAGCUCCAGAGAAAGAUCUGGACCAGAGAUAUGGUGCCAGCAACGUAUGGAGGUCAUUUGAGCUGGGGAGAGAAUAAGAUCACCUAUGGUGUAUAGAAUGCAAAGGGUACAGGAUCUUAGACAGACUUCUGGGGUUUAAGAAGCAAGCAAAGUCCUUCCUUAUGCAACAGAGAAGGAACUGCUGAAAAGGUCAACUGUGCUGGCUGUUGCUGAGAUGUCAAGCAACAUAAGGACUGCAGAGUUAGGGGUGACCCUAUGAGGAGUGAGCUUGCAAAGGUGAGAGAGUGAGGGGAGAGGAAAUGGAGACCCCCAUGUGUAGGCAACUUUCUCAAGAAGUUUGACUGUAAGAAGGAAGACAGAGAUAGGGUGGCAACUGGAGAGUACAGUAAAGGGAAGUUUGUCUAAAGAUGGGAGAUACUUGGAUAUGUUUAAAAGCUAAUGGUAAGGAGCCAAUAAAGAGGAAAAGGAUAAAGUGCAGGAGAGAUGGCAGAGAAGGCAGAAGAGGAUGAGAUUUGAGCACUUAACAACCACCAGACGAAUGGAUAAAUGAAUAAAGUUGGUCACUAUUUUGGAAGUGGGAAGGGAGAGUUGAGAGGUAAGGUUCUCCACAAGUUGAAAACAGAGCAAACUAAGGAAGACAGAAUCCCAAUACUGGCAGCCCAGGACUCAAAGCACGUGUCAGGGGAGGAGAGCUGGCUCUCUGAUGUCAUCAAGGGGGUGGGGCACUCCCUACCCCACAUCUCCAAAGCCAGACAGAAAUCCUCGCAUCUUGCAGUGGAGAAACUGAGAGAAGGGGAAAAGAGGCGUGGUCAGACCUGAUUCUUUCUCCUCAUCUUCUUGUGUCCAGCUCAAGAGUCCCACCACCACCCAGGACCAGCUCCUCUUGUCCCUGGAUCUUCUGAUUGGCCCCAGAAGGUGACAGUACCGAUGACAAUGCUAUCAAGCUGGUGGUGGCCAAGUACCCAGGGAAACCUAGGGCUGGGGCCCCGGAGCCCUUCUCAGGGAUCCCAGCUCCGUGCCCUGUAUGCCUUCACUUACACUGGGGCAGAUGGCCGGCAGGUGUCUCUGGCUGAAGGGGACAGGUUCCUACUGCUUCAAAAGACCAACUCAGACUGGUGGUUGGUAAGGCGCCUGGGAGCACCCCCCACCUCUCGGCCCAUCUUCAUCCCAGCUGCCUACAUGACAGAGGAAUUCAGCCCUUCCCAGAGCCCAACAACCAUCACCCCCAGCCAAUCCCUCCGGACUCCUGGGCCAAAGUUAUUUCCUGGCUCCCUGGAGGAGACGCACCUGAGUCAGGAAACCCCAGGCAGAGCCCAGGCUACAUCUGAGCAGCCUCCUCCUCUUCCCCCUAAAAUGUGUAGAAGUAUCAGUGUUACCAACUUGAGGCCCAGCCUCCUGAAGAACUUCCAGGAAGGACCAAGUAGAAGAUCCCUUUCCCAGGAAGACUUGCUGACAGAGGCCGAUGUGAACAUGGCAAGACCCCAGACCUUCAUGUCAGAGCCCCCUGUGUACUGCAACCUGGUGGACCUUCGCCGCUGUCCCCGGUCCCCACCCACAAGCCCUGCACGUCCCCCGCUGCAGAGGCUGGACGCCUGGGAGCAGCACUUGGACCCCAACUCUGGACGCUGCUUCUACAUAAAUUCGCUGACUGGCUGCAAAUCCUGGAAGCCUCCACGCCACACUCGCACCCGAGAGAUGAACCCUGGCUCCAUGGAGGGGCCACAGACCAUGAAUAGGGACAACGGUGUCCUGCAACCUCAGGCAAAGGACUCAGAAUCUGGCACAGGGACGCCAGGACCUUUCGACUCCCAGGGUUCACCCUCCCUCUGCAGACGCGCCUCCCAGCUUGACCCCUCAGACCAGCCUUCAGCUCUGCAGUCCCCUCGGCCCCUGCCGCAGGUCCUGGACGACCCCCAUGAGGUGGAAAGGUCGGGCAUGCUCAAUAUGACCAAGAUCGCCCAGGGCGGCCGCAAGCUCCGGAAGAACUGGGGCCCAUCUUGGGUGGUACUAGCGGGUAACAGCCUGGUGUUCUACCGAGAGCCACCGCCGACCGCCCCCUGCACCGUCUGGGGACCAGCGGGUAGCCGACCCGAAAGCAGCGUGGACCUGCGCGGGGCCGCCCUGGCCCACGGCCGCCAGCUGUCCAGCCGCCGCAACGUCCUACACAUCCGCACGGUCCCUGGCCACGAGUUCCUGCUGCAGUCAGACCACGAGGCCGAGCUACGCGCCUGGCACCGCGCACUGCGGGCCGUCAUCGAGCGCCUGGAUCGAGAGAACCCCCUGGAGCUGCGUCUGUCCGGUUCGGGACCUGCGGAGCUGGGGGAACUGAGCGCGGGGGAGGACGAAGAAGAGGAGUCCGAGCCGGUGUCCAAGCCACUGCUGCGGAUCAGCGGCCGCUGGAGCUCCAUUCGGUGUCCGGAAGGAGCUGAGCAGAACCGGGUACGAAACAAACUAAAGCGGCUUAUCGCAAAGAGACCGCCCUUGCAAACCCUGCAGGAGCGGGGUCUGCUCCGAGACCAGGUGUUCGGCUGCCAGUUGGAAUCACUGUGCCAGCGGGAAGGGGACACUGUGCCCAGCUUUGUGCGGCUCUGCGUUGCUGCUGUGGAUAAGAGAGGUCUAAAUGUGGAUGGCAUUUACCGGGUGAGCGGAAACUUGGCAGUGGUCCAGAAACUUCGCUUCUUGGUGGACAGAGAGCGGGCAAUCACCUCCGAUGGGAGGUACGUGUUCCCAGAACAGCCAGGACAAGAAGGCCGAUUAGAUUUGGACAGUGCUGAGUGGGAUGACAUUCAUGUGAUCACUGGAGCCCUGAAGCUUUUUCUCAGGGAGCUACCCCAGCCUCUGGUGCCUCCACUGCUGCUGCCCCAUUUUCGUGCUGCCCUUGCACUCUCUGAAUCAGAACAGCGCCUCUCUCAAAUACAAGAAUUAAUAAGCUCAAUGCCGAAGCCCAACCAUGACACUCUACAGUACCUCCUGGAGCAUUUAUGCAGGGUGAUAGCACACUCAGACAAGAACCGCAUGACCUCCCACAACCUGGGAAUUGUGUUUGGACCAACCCUAUUUCGACCGGAGCAGGAGACAUCUGACCCAGCGGCCCAUGCCCUCUACCCUGGGCAGCUCGUCCAGCUGAUGCUCACCGACUUCACCAGCCUCUUCCGCUGACUGGGGCAAGGAAGAAGAGAAAAUGUGUUUCCGGUGAUCUCUUUUGGAUAGCCUUUGGUGGGGGUUGUUCUGCUUUGAGGAUAUCCCUUUAAAUCCUGUCUCCCAGAUGACUGUCUCCAUCUUUGUGAGUCUGACCUGUGGGGUUGGGAAAGGGUGAGGAAGCUUCUCUAAAGAGGGAGGUGGAUGGAUUAACCCCUGCUUCUCUAGUUCCCUGUCAUCACCCCUCCCCCAAGAUAAUAACAUAUAAAGCAGGGC